AUGCCCAAGUGGCACCGACAGCUGGGCGUAGUGUGCAGAACAUGCCGCAUCGAACGACAAAAGCUUGUGCCGCUGAGUGUGCUCCAGAGACGCAGCUAUGCAACGCCUGUCAGCACCAGCGGAGGUUCUAAGGAUGACGGGAGAGAAAAGGUGGUCAUCUUGGGAAGCGGUUGGGCAGGCUUCGUCCUAUCGCGCAGACUUGAUCCCAAGAAAUAUCGCGUCGUCGUCAUCUCGCCCCGGUCCUACUUCGUGUUUACCCCUUUACUAAAUGACACUUGUGUUGGUACACUCGAGUUCCGCAACGUACUCGAGUCAGUGAGAAAGAGGAACGGGAAAGUGGAAUUUAUCCAAGCAUGGGCAGACGACAUCAGUUUCGCCGACAAGACGGUCACGGUUGAGCCUUCGGUGUUGGAUCCAGACGUGGGCCACGCCCUCACCGGCCCGCGCAGAUCCUAUGCGCAGCAGUCAACUCAUCACGGCUCUGGCUUGCCCAAAGGGUUUAUUGCUAAGGAUGUGCAGCUCGGCGGGACAGGCAAACAACAAGCUCCGACAUUCCCAGUCAGGUACGACAAGUUGAUCAUCGCCGUGGGCACCUACAGCCAGACCUUCAACACCAAGGGCGUCCGGGAGAACGCAUACUUCCUCAAGGAUGUUAAAGAUGCCGUGGCCAUCCGGCGGAGGAUCCUGGAGCUAUUCGAGCUCGCCCGGUUGCCCAUCGUACCAGAGGAAACGAAGCGCUAUCUGCUCCAUUUCGCCAUUGUGGGCGGUGGUCCAACCGGCAUGGAGUUUGCUGCGUGCCUCUCUGACCUGAUCAGAGAGGACAUUUCUCGCAUUCAUCCGGAGCUUCUCCAGUACAUCCGGAUCAGUCUGUACGACGUGGCGCCCAAAGUGCUGCCCAUGUUCGAUGCCGCUCUGGCCGAUUACGCGGUGAAACAGUACAAACGACAGAACGUCGAGAUCAAAACGUCUCACCAUGUCGAAGAGCUGCGGAAGGGCUUCCCCAAUGAUCCAGAAGCAGCCAAGAACCAGGAUGCCCAGGUGCCGAAUCGCGUCUACACGCUCCGGACGAAAGAAGAGGGUGAUGUGGGGAUCGGCAUGUGUGUCUGGAGUACCGGGCUCAUGGCCAACCCUUUCGUGGCCAAGGCUCUCGCCCAUGUGCAUCGGUAUCCUGCCUCCUCGGCGCACAUCACGCAUGGCGAUGUCACAGAACCCGCCGACCGCCAAUGGUCGAUCCAGAGAGAUCCAAAGAGCGGUUCGAUCUUUGUGGAUGACCAUUUUCGGGUCAACCUCAUCGCUGAUGCUGCCGAGGGCGAGACAGCCGAAAACGCUCCCAAGGCAUAUAUGAAAGAUGUCUUUGCCGUGGGCGACACGACGAAACUGAUGUCCGGCGCCCUUCCUGCCACGGCGCAGGUGGCCAACCAGCAAGCAUUGUGGCUGGCCAAGGCGCUCAAUCAGCACUCUGACCCGGAGCCGUUCACGCAGACGCCCGGCUUCACGUUCCGGAAUCUGGGCGUCUUCACGUACGUGGGCAGUGCGAAGGCCGUGUUGCAAGGACCAAACACCGACCGCGAAGGCAUGGCCAAGGGUCUCAAGGGCUGGAUCGCUUUCCUGCUUUGGCGUGGCGCCUACCUGACCAUGACGCUGAGUUGGAGGAAUAAGUUCCUUGUCCCGAUGCAGUGGCUGGCCGUGAAACUGUUUGGGCGCGACAUCUCGAGGUUUUGA